UACGGAGGCCGGGAUGGAAGAAGGCGUAUUUCUACUUCCGGGAGACGGGUAAGAUCCGGGCCUGCUUUGCCUUUCUUCCAUUUCCAACCGCUUCCCCUCCGAGAAGCCAUGAGCAAGCGGAAUCAGGUAUCAUAUGUGCGUCCGCCGGAGCCGGCGUUUCUGGCCCGCUUCAAGCAGAAGGUCGGCUAUAAGGAAGGCCCCACCGUGGAAACCAAGAAAAUUCAACCGGAAAUUCCUGAGGGAGAUGAUGACAGGAGUGACAAUGAAGAUGAGCAGCCACAAGUUGUUGUGCUAAAAAAAGGAGAUUUAUCAGCAGAAGAAGCGAUGAAAAUUAAGCAGCAAAUGAAAUCUUCCAAACCAGAUGAAGAACCAGCUCCAGCCGAUGGGAAAAUUAUGUUCAGAAAACCAGCCAAGCGAUCCUCUGAUGAGAAGUAUUUGGGUUUGACAGCAAACUCCAGAAAGAAGAAAAAAGAUGAAGAAAAAAAAAAGGAGGACUUGGUUCCAAAAAACAUUCAGAAACAAAUAAAAAAUAGUAGCCUGCUUUCUUUUGAUGACGCAGAGGAAGAAGAUUAGUAAUUGAACAUAUUUUGAACUUCUGUAUUCUCUCCUUCACGGGCACUUGGGGAUGUUCUUUAAAGAUUAUCUUUUGGACUUUUCAUUUUUUAGGGAAUGUGUAUGUUGGUGAUCUAGAGUAUGUUUGAAUUCUGAUGUAAUUGCAAUAUUUCAGCAAAAAUAAUAGAGAUUGCUUAAGGUGCUAGACCACAAAUACAUGACAUAGUUAUACAUGAUACCUCUUCCUCUUUCCUUUGUAAUAUCUCUCACCUAAUACCCAUUACCAUUUAGAUUAAAGACAGGAAGUCUAUGUAUUCAUUUAAGACUAUUGAUUAGAUCUAGACACCAGGAUAUUAUUAGAUUUGCUCAAUGACCUUGAGGAAGCUGCCCUGUUUUUCCCACCUAUAAGUGCAUGAUUCAUUUAAUUGCCUUGAAUUAUCAUGAAUAACAUGUUAAUGCAAAAUACUUUUUUUUAUUUUAGUGCCUGCAACUUCCCUCAAACAUUAAAACAUCUUUUAAAUACUUAACAGUAUUUAAAGCCUGUGCUUCGUUAAUCUUUUCAAACUUUUUGCCAUUUUUGUUAUACUCCAAGUUCUAUUUAAGUUUAUGAAUGACUGACUGUUUUGUAGCGUGUAUAUAUAUAUAUAUAUUUUUUUUUUUUUUUUUUUGAAGAAGAAGAUUUGAAAUUUAGGGCAAUGUGCAUUUCAACAAAAGAAAUUUAGGUGGAUUCUCAAUCCCAUUUAGCUAUCUGAAAGAAUUUAUUGUGUUCUAAUUAAAACACUACCAAGAAUUUAUGGUAGAUUGUCCCAGAUUCUCUUGGUGUGAGAAAACAUCCUGAAUCAUUUUUUUUUUUUUUUAUUGUGGAGCAAAAGAAGUAAAAUUAAUGGGGAAUAUAAAGCUUUGGAAAGAAGCUGAUUGGAAAUUGCUGUGUUGCAGCUGUUUGAGGUUUAAUUGUUAAUGUUUUAAUGUAGCUUAUAAGAA